AUGGCCACUACAGUAACCAGCACCGAGAAGCCUGUGUCUACCCAGCCUGCGCCUGCAGAGGCUAGGCCACGGGCUCCUCGUCCGCCUAGGCCCAACUUCAGACAUAUUCACCGGUUUCCUCUCCCGGUCACUGUACAUCAUGUUCCUCCUGUAAUUCCUCAUAACCCUCUCUCUCUUAUUAGUGUUGCUCUCUCGUACCUCACAUUUCUUAUCUCCCCGCCCCAUCAAGAAGUCUACUCGGCCUACUUUGACUCGGCCACUUCAUCGGUCCAUGUUACGGACGAGAAUGCCGUUAAGGCCCUGUGGCAGAUGGGCUUCUUUGGCAAGGGUAGUCUAAGUCGAAGCGAGCCGAGCUGGCUGGCGCGAGAGAAGAAGCGGAGAGGGUUAUUGGGCGGCAAGUCAAGCGAGGAGGUUACAAGACAGCGACGUGAGGAACGACGUGAGCUGAAGCUAGAGCGUGCACGUAUGGAGAAGCUGGCCAUUGAGGAAAGACUAAAGGCUGAAGCUGCAGCCAGGGAAAAUGGCACGACGAUUGACCAAGACGAUCAGUCAACGGCCGCAGAUGGUACGGCUAACGACACAGCAACCUCGACUGAGAAGUUCUCUCUCAGGAAGGCAAAGGAGGCUCGAAUGCUUGAGACACGCAACCAAGCAGCACGAAAAGCGGCUGCGACAGAUUCAACAGAUCAAGCAGAGAAGUCACCAAAUGGGAAGUCUGUACGCUUCUCGCCUGUCAUGCAAAAGCAAGAGUUCCUAUCAAACUCGCCGUCCUCCAUGAAACUUCCCGAUUCUGUCGUGGAUAACAUUGAAGCGGACGAGGAACCCAUCUUCGAAAAUGAAGAGCAUCUCCAACUUUCCAAGGAAGAAGCGUUCUUCCUCUCCUACUCCCUCGGCACUUUGAACAUCUACGAUGCCCCCGUCAAGGCAAGCCAGAACCAGCCGAACUCAAUCAUGUCAACAACAUCGCUCCUUAAACUCCUCUGCAAUCAUUCCUUCAACCCAUCCCGAGAUGCCUCCGCCGCCCUCCAACCCGACGAUCCCUUCAUGCUCUCCUACGUCGUCUACCACCACUUCCGAUCCCUGGGCUGGGUCGUCCGCUCCGGCGUGAAAUUCGGAACAGACUACCUCCUCUACAACCGCGGACCUGUCUUCUCCCACGCCGAGUUCGCCGUCAUCGUCAUCCCAUCCUACAGCCACUCAUACUGGACCGAAACCGAGGAACGGAAGGAAUACAUUGCUGCCAAACAGACUCGCAGUUGGUGGUGGUUGCACUGCGUCAACCGAGUCCAGGCUCAGGUCUUGAAGAGUCUUGUUGUCUGCUAUGUGGAAGUGCCGCCGCCUACUGCUUCCAUUGAUGAUAUUGGCGCUUUGCUUGGUACUUACCAAGUGCGGGAAUUUCUCGUUAAGAGAUUCGUGCCCAACCGCAUGCGUGAUUGA